GGAUUAAGACUACUGUUUUCCCGCCUCUGAGGGAACCGGAGAUCUGGACAGAAAGAUGUCGGUUAUUUCUCAAAAGGACUGGAAAAAAGCCCUGAUCUCCAUCUUGGAGGAGCUGGACCCAACACAGUACAGAAAGUUAAUGGAAAAUUUGGACAAAAUCCCCCGUAGUAAGAAAACUGACGACUUUACAGUGAAGAUGCCCGGAAUAAUAAUCGAGCACUACGGGCUGGAAGAGUCUGUUUCUGUAAUUGAUGAAGCAAUCAAUGAUAUACCAAGAAAUGACCCUAGAGUCCAGGACCUGCUGCGCCCCUUUGUGGACAAGCUGGGGGAGCAACAUGAUAAAGAAAACAAAGGAACGAAGAGGAAACGUGAUGAAGUUGAUGAGGAAAAAGAGCCUGCUGCGGAUCCACAGAUCAGCUGCCAACCUGAAAAGCAGAGAAAAGCUUGUCCUUGGGAGAUAACCAUCCGUGAUGUGAAAUCCAAGGACCCACUUCUUGAGACUCAAGCCUUUAGCGGGAAAGUUGUUCAGAAAUCCGGGCUGCGCACUUAUCACACUGAAGACAAAAAGAGAAAGUUCUUCUCUUACCUGGCGGUGGCUGAUGAUACAGACUGUGUUAAAGUGAUGGUUUAUGGAAAAGAGCGCUAUCGAGAAAUUAAGGAAGGAUGCUCCUACUUAUUCAGACGUCUGAUAAAAGAUGACAAUUUUGUUAAGGUAACACAAUCAAGCAAAGCAUCAUUGACAAAAUCUGUUGAAGUCCCAGAAGAGUUGGAGGUGGAAGCCACUAGGCUUAUUUACCCUGAGAGUCCAUUUUUCUCCAUCGCUGCAGUCAAAACCCUCUCUGACAAGAUGUACGUGAGCGUGGAGGGAACAAUCGAAGAGAUUGAUCCAGCUGAAGACACUAAGGUGUCGUACCAGAAGCAGAAAAUAAAGACUCAGCGCCUCAAGCUGAAAGAUGAGUCCAGUUCCAUCUGGAUCCAGAUGUGGGGCGAAGAAACCAAGCAAUGCAAAGGUUUAUCAGUUGGAGACGUCAUUAAGCUAACCAACAUGAAGACCAACGAAUAUUACGAAGAAGUGAAGCUGAACUCUACUGCAAAUGCUAAAAUCCAAAAGGUUAAGACUGCGGGCAUCCAGAGCGUCAAAAUCGAGAUCGUGGGGAUCCUAAAGGCCACAAAGAAGGAGACUCGUCUGGAGGCAGAUUUCAACCAACAAGUUCACACGUUUGUUGUGGCGUCUAAACUUCUGGCGAAGGAAUUGGACAUCAAACUGGAGCGUGAUUUUGAAAAAAGGCUCCUUGAUAAAAUCCCACUCAUAGCCGAUGUGGAAAUCGAAGGAAAUCGCAUAAAGAAAAUUAAAGCAGCUUUAAAGAUGUAAACGGCUGUUUGAAGGUUUCCUGUUCACUAAUUUUAUUUAAUUAUGUGAUGGCUGUUUUUUUUAUCAACUCUUACGAGAUAAGGGGCUGCCUGUUAGUUUAAAGAAUAAAAGAAGACCA